GGUGGAAGAAAUUACACUAGCUACGGUCCCCAAAGGGAAAUAUACGAUUGGAGCGAAACCAUCCCGCACAGGUGUGGCGUUCCCGGCCCCUCGCUUUGAGAAGGUGCUGGGACGAUGUUCUACGCCCACUUUGUUCUCAGCAAACGUGGGCCGCUAGCCAAAAUCUGGCUAGCGGCCCACUGGGAUAAGAAGUUGACCAAGGCACAUGUGUUUGAAUGCAACCUUGAGAGCAGUGUGGAGAGCAUCAUCUCCCCUAAGGUCAAAAUGGCGUUGCGUACAUCUGGUCACUUGCUCCUGGGCGUGGUCAGGAUCUAUCACAGAAAAGCCAAAUAUCUGCUCGCAGACUGUAACGAAGCCUUCAUCAAGAUAAAAAUGGCAUUUCGACCAGGUGUGGUCGACCUGCCAGAGGAGAAUCGUGAAGCUGCCUACAAUGCCAUCACCUUGCCAGAGGAGUUCCAUGACUUUGACCAGCCACUCCCAGACCUGGAUGACAUCGACGUCGCCCAGCAGUUCACUCUGAAUCAGUCUCGUGCUGAGGAGAUCACCAUGCGUGAGGAGGUGGGAAACCUCAAUCUGCUCCAGGACAACGACUUUGCUGAUUUUGGGAUGGAUGACAGAGAAAUGAUGAGGGAGGAGAGUGCGUUUGAGGUGGACAUCAUCAACGGAGCAUCUGCCUCCAACUUGCUCUUGGAGUCUGAGACAGGAAGUGGUCAGAUGACCGAUAAGUCCAACCAUCUGGAAUACGAACAGUACAAGGACGACUUUGGAGACAAUCCUAUGGAUGGUGGAGGAAUGCUUGUGGACAAGCUGCUGAGUCCCGAGGGCGGAGGAGGCAUUUUCGACGACCCUCCCGCCAUCACGGAGAUGAUGCCCACGGAACACGCCGGGGACGAUGACGAUGAUUUCGACAAUAUAUCGGCUGGAGGUCCAGACAGCCCCGACUCCGGUCCUGUUGAGCAGCUCCCUGCCAUGACAGACCAGACGGAGCAGACCACCCUGGUUCACAACGAGGAGGAGGCAUUCGCCCUGGAGCCCAUUGACAUCACAGUGAAGGAAACCAAAGCGAAGAGGAAAAGGAAACUGAUUGUGGACAGCGUUAAGGAGCUGGACAGUAAGACCAUUCGCGCACAGCUCAGUGACUACUCUGACAUCGUCACCACGCUGGACCUGGCCCCGCCCACUAAGAAGCUGAUGAUGUGGAAGGAGACGGGAGGGGUGGAGAAGCUCUUCUCCCUCCCUGCCCAGCCUCUGUGGAACAGCAGGCUUCUCAAGAUGUUCACGCGGUGUCUGACGCCGCUGGUGCCGGACGAGCUGAGGAAGAGGAGGAAAGGCGGCGAGGCCGACAGCCUGGACGAGUUCCUCAAAGACCUGGAGAACCCCGAGGUCCCUCGCGAAGAGGGGCUAUCCCAGCAGAGAGACAUCAUCGACCAGACCAUCUUAGAGGAGCCCAGUGUGCUCCAGGCCUCAGCGAUGGAGGGCAGCCGGACCACGCUAGAUGAGUCUGUCAUGCCCCCGCCGUCCAGCCACCGAGGACAGAAACGCAAGGCCCAGGACACAGAACCGGCCCUGCCUAUGUUGGAGGAUGACCGCUCCUCUAUCGUGUCCACACGCCUGCACAUGCAGCAGGUAGACCUGCCUCCUGAGGAGCCCACCAACAUCUCCCAGCUUAUCCCAGAUCUGGACUUACUGGGAGAGAAAAGCAAAGAGAAGAAGGAUGAUGAUGAGGAUGAAGAGGAGGAGGAGGGCCAAGGUGGAGACCAGGAUCAGGAGGAGAGGAGGUGGAAUAAGAGAACCCAGCAGAUGCUCCAUGGACUGCAGAGGGUUAUGGCUAAGACUGGCGCUGAAUCAGUCAGCCUGCUGGAUCUGUGCCGAAGCAACAACAAAAAACAGGCCGCCGCCAAGUUCUACAGCUUCCUGGUGCUGAAGAAGCAGCAGGCCGUGGAGCUGUCCCAGGCCGAACCUUACAGUGACAUCAUCGCCACCCCGGGUCCCCGCUUUCACAUCGUUUAGACAGACUGUCCCCUCUACAGUCGUGUCAGUCCACACUGACAGGCUCUUUGUCCCGCAGUUACUUGGUUUGUAUAUGAUGUGUUGUUUUCUGCUCACGUGCGUUUUUAUUUCCACCGUGUGUGCUUUCUUCGUCUUUUUCGUAGGGGCGUACAU